AUGAAGAGCUUUGCACGGAUCCGUUCUUUGUUUAAUCCCCUAUCGACAUCUUCCUGUUUCCAGGUGUCCUUCUUCCUGUUCAUCGUGUUCGUUGUCUACACCAUGCUGCCCUUCUCCAUGAGAGGAGCCAUUAUCGCAAGCGCCAUCACUUGCUUCUCUCACACCGUCACCCUCAGCGUCUGCCUGGCCUCCACCGCCCCAGAUCUGGAGCCUCUCGUGUGGCAGAUCUUAGCCAACGUGAUAAUCUUCACAUGUGGAAACUUAGCCGGGGCGUACCACAAACACCUGAUGGACCUGGCCCUCAAACAGACCUACCAAGACACCUGCAACUGCAUCAAGUCCCCCAUUAAACUGGAGUUUGAGAAGCACCAACAGCAGAGGCAGAAUUCCUCGUCGCCCAUCUCCGGAAGCAGGGCAUCACCCCAGCCCCAGAUCUCCUGCUUUCCCAGCUCCGUGAGCUGUCGGAUCAAGCCUCCGGUGUGGUCUCCCAGCCCAGGCCAGCAGCUCCAGCCAGCCCCCCCGGAAGAGGGCGAGGGCGGCAAAAGGUCUAAAAAAGCGAGUCCUCCAGGAGCUUGCUCGGCCAAGAAAUCCUCCACUCCUCAGGCUCGCUCCAGCGCCGCUCAGCAGCCCAGCGCCGUCCAGCCCAGCGCCGCUCAGCCCGGGAGCUCCGGCACUCAGCCCCUCUUCGAUGGCAGCCUAGUCAACACACUGCAAUCUCUGGCAAGUAGGCCCUACAUUCCCCAAGCCGCUAACAUCUCCUCACGGCUCAGAGCGAAAAUCCUCGACGGGAAAGACAUUAAUUUGGUCAGCCUUAUUCUGCCUUCCCCGGAGUGCGACAAAGCCAUCGCCACGGGAGGAAGCAUUACUGCGGUAUUUAAAUCCGCAGACCCCCGGCUCCUCAAAGACCUUUCUAUAGGGCAAUUUCUGGUAGCUUUUAGCAUCUUCCGCGAUGUCCUCUGCGCAGUUUACCCUGAAAGGAGAGUGGAUUCAGAUGCUUAUCUGGCCGUGAUUGGCGAUCUUCACAUCAAAUACGGGAAAUCCGUGUACUAUCAAUACCAUAAAAGCUUCUCUAGCAAAGCAGCGCUGCACUUAGCUCAUUGUAACAUCCGCCUGGACUGGUCCGUGCUGGAUACCGAGCUGCUCGUAAUGGCUACCGGCGGGCAACAAGUCGUCUCGUGCAUUAGCUGCGGAGCGCAGGGCCACACCUCUCCGCUCUGCCCUUCAGUGCCUCUCUCCGGGUCUAGCGUUUUCCCCACGCAGUAUUCUGGGAACAAUAAACCAAACCUACCUGCAGGGAUGCUCACCCGAGGGCUCUCUCAAGGGUUCAGGGUAGGGGUCCUUUCUUUAGUGGCUAAAAACCUGCAGUCAGCCGCCAAAGAACCCACCAUAGUCUCUCAGCUCAUUCAAAAAGAGCUCAACAAAGGAUAUUUAAUCGGUCCUUUCCAUUCCUCUCCGUUCCCAGUGUUCCGGACAAGCCCAAUAGGGGUCGCUACACGCAAAUACUCCGAGAAGAAAAGGCUCAUUUUCGAUCUGUCCGCUCCUCGCGCUGGUCCGUUUUGCAGCAUCAAUAGCCUUAUUCCCCCAGAGUAUUUUUCUCUUCAUUACGCUUCAGUUGAUAAUGCCAUCAAGCUCAUCAAAUUCGCAGGGCAAGGAGCGUGGCUCUCCAAAGCAGACAUUACUGACGCGUUCAAAAUAAUUCCCAUUCACCCAUCUCAGUGGCACAUGUUCGGUAUCAGGUGGGAGUCCAAAUUCUACUUCGCUGUCCGUUUAACCUUCGGGUGCAGAAGUAGCCCUUGCAUCUUUAAUUCUUUUUCCGAAGCCCUCUGCUGGAUCCUCCUGAACAUCGUCAGAAUCCCCUCCGUCCUGCAUUUAUUGGACGAUUUCCUCCUCAUAGAUCCCCCUCGGGACAACUCAGGCGCCUCUCUAGCAAAACUCAAACUAUGCUUUCAGGAGUUAGGUGUUCCCCUCUCAGAAGAGAAAACGCUAGGUCCCACCACACGCCUGGAGUUUUUGGGCAUUACACUCGACUCAGUAGACAUGGAAGCGUCUCUCCCCACGGACAAACUGCAGCGCAUUCGCGACAUCACAAAGUCCUUCUGUGAGCAACAAGUUAUCACCAAGCAGCAGCUGCUCUCCCUGCUCGGGCACCUCAACUUCGCCAUGCGUAUUAUCCCUCAGGGGCGCUCGUUUAUUUCCCGGCUCCUGGAUACAGCGUCGGCUGUAGAAAACCUCCAUGACCACGUCUUCUUAGAUGAAGGCUGCCGCUCAGACCUGCGGUUUUGGUCCCUCCUGCUCGCACACUGGAAUGGCGUCACCUUCUUCUACGACGACCUCGUGUACUCCUCCGACUCCAUGAGAUUCUUCACGGACGCUGCCCCAUCCGUGGGUUUUGGGGGUUUCUUCCAGGGAGAGUGGUUCGCAGGCUCGUGGCCUCCGUCAUUCCCCAGCCAUGCCUCUUCCUCCGCUCUGCAUGAGAUCUUUCCGAUCGCUGUUGCCUGCCACGUGUGGGGUCACCUCUGGCCCCGGAAGCGGAUCUCAGUACUCUGUGACAACCAAUCAGUGGUCGGGAUUAUUAAUAAAGCGCGCUCCCCGUGCCGUGACAUCAUGCCGUUCAUGAGAAGCAUCACGUGGUCUUCCAUCACCCACAACUUUCUCAUCUCCGCUCGUCACGUUCCCGGCCACCUCAACUCAGUGGCUGAUUCCCUCUCUCGCUUCCACUUCCAGACAUUCCGGAACCUCUGCCCAGAAGCCAGCGCUCAACCCGUCAGGAUUCCUCCCCUGCAUCUCCUCUCUCUCUUCUAAAUAGAAGCCCCCUAGCAAGGCACCUCGAAUCCGCCAGGUUUUUUAUGAGGAAGGGCUUAGCCGCUUCCACCCUUAAAACAUACGAUUUCGCUUGGAGAACGUUCGCUUUAUUUUGCUUUUCCGUAGGCAUUACACUUAAACCUGUUCUCAUCUCCACCGUGUGCGCCUUCAUGUGCUACUGGCCACUGAUCGCCACCUCAAACCCCAAUACA